AUGUCCCUGGAUGCCUCACCCUCACAUCUGCCCCUCCCCGAGGGCGUCUCAAGUCGCCUUGUUCCAACUCCCGAUCUCACCGUUCACAUUCUGGAAGCUGGAGCCACUCCCGAUCGUGACCGCCCCUUGGUAAUCUUGUUACACGGUUUCCCCGAGAUCGCCUAUUCAUGGCGUCGAGUCCUGCCCCAGCUCGCCGCCGCGGGCUUCCACGCGGUUGCCCCAGACCAGCGUGGGUUUGGCCGCACGGUCGGCUGGGACGAUCGAGCGUAUGAGGAUGUUGAUUUGCAUAGUUUCUCAAUGACCAAUUUGGUUCGCGAUGUGGUGGUUCUGGUGCAUGCUCUGGGCCACCGAUCGGUUCGAUGUGUAGUGGGUCACGAUUGUGGCGCUAUGACGGCGGCCACUUGUGCUCUGAUCCGACCGGAUUUCUUCAAGAGUGUUGUUCUGAUGAGCCACCCAUUCAAUGGCAGCCCUAAUCUGCCUUUCAAUACUGCAAAUGAGGGCAGCGUUGAGGAACAGGCUGUCGCUGUAGCGCGGGGUGGGAGUGGUGGGACAGAGGCUUCUGCUGCUGCUUCAGGGGUUCAUGAGGCUUUGGCCAAACUUGGUCGCAAGCACUAUAAGUGGUACUACUCGACUCCUCAAGCUGGUCCAGAUAUGUCGUCAUUUUCCCCGGAGGAGCUGCACCGCUUCCUACGUGGAUACUUCCAUUUGAAGAGUGGUUCCUGGCCCGGUAACAAGCCGCAUCAAUUGUCUGGUUGGACUGCCGAGGAGAUGGUCCAGAUGCCUGGAUAUUACAUCAUGCCUCUGGACGCAUCAAUGCCUGAGACUGUAGAAAGAGAUAUGGCUGACGAGCCGACCAAGGGCAUGUCCUCAUACUCAUGGCUGCCCGACAAUGAGCUGGCAGUCUACGCGACUGAGUAUGCUCGCACCGGUUUUCAAGGUGGGCUGAAUUGGUACCGGGUGCGUACUGCUGCGGGUGGUCAGUUUACCAAGGACUAUGAUACCUUUGCGGGGAAGAAGAUGGAACCUCCAUGUGCGUUCGUGUCUGGAAAACUAGAUUGGGGCAUCUAUCAAGAACCUGGUGCACUGGAGAAGAUGACCAGUGGUGCAGUCUGCUCUGAUUUCCGGAUACUGCGGCUACUAGAUGGAGUGGGUCACUGGGUUACUCAGGAGGCUCCGAAUGAGGUAGCGCGGACCAUCAUUGAAUUGACCAACAGUCUUGCAUAG